AUGACGGCGAACAACCAGCAAAGACUUUACGACAUCGUCCCAAUUCCCAACAAGGGUACCGGCGUCAUCGCAACCCAAGACAUCGCCAAAGGCACGCGCAUCAUGGCUGAAAAGCCACUCUUCAUUGUGCCGACCAACGUUAUGGAAAGAGGCAACCAAGUCGUCGAGAAGCACCUUACUGAGAAACUCAAGACACUCGAUAAAGAUCAGCAACGUGCCUUCCUCAGUCUGCACAACUGUCACGGGACCACGUUCAGCCCUUUCCUCGCCAUCUGCAAGACGAACAUGCUCGGCCUCGGCUCGCCGCCCGUCGGUGGUGGCCUGUUCAUUGAAGCAUCACGUAUCAACCACGCUUGCAACCCAAACACGCAGAAUAGCUGGAAUUCACGCAUCAGCCGCGAGACCAUCCAUGCUGUCCGUGACAUCAAAAAAGGAGAGGAGAUCACCAUCUCUUACAUUGGACACUUCGCGGCGUAUGUCGAGCGUCAGUCCAUUCUCAAGAUCAAGUUCAACUUUGACUGCGCAUGCGAGUUGUGCUCAUUGCCACCCGAUCAACGUAGGGCCAGCGAUGAGAGGCUUGCCACCAUCCAUAGACUGGAUCAGGCUAUUCUCAGCGCGGGAAGCAACGUCAAACUUGGACUUGGGAUGGUGCGCAGGAUGCUGUCGCUACUCGACGAUGAGGGUACGUACAACAGCCAGGUGUAUCGCGCCUACUAUGAUGCCUUCCAGAUGAUGGCUGCGACUGAUGAUAAGGCGAGAGCGGGGGAGUUGAUUCGAAUGGCGUUGGAGCAUGCAAGGACUGUCGAGGGUAAUGAUUCGGAGACUGUAAAGAACUUUGAGCGCUUAGCUGCGAACCCUACGAGGCAUAUGGCUUGGGGAUUGUACGGAAGAAAGAAGACGCAAGAGACAGCGCCCGCGGAUAAGGAUUCGCGAGCAUUUAAAACGUGGUUGUGGAUGGAGUAAAUAGAGUAGUCCAAGUCUUGGAUAUUUCUCCCCUCUAGGUUUCUCAAUUGGGC